GUCCAUAGGAGAUGGGAACAGAUCAUUCGGAAGAGGGUCCACCCCACCACGGGUCACUAAAACAUGCGAAGAUGCCACUUGACAAGUUGAGAGAUGGAUGGCGCGUGUUGAGGUUCUCCCUUGAGCCUCCCAUGCUAUCUCGUUCCCUAUAUAAAGGCACGAGCUUUCUUGCUGUGUCCCUGAAAUCAUCUCCCUUAAAUUGCUUGCCAUGGCUGUUUUUGUUCUUUCGCUCGUGACGAGGCUCCUAGCCCUGAUCAUCUUCUGCUUCGUCCCGAGUUUUGAGCAAUCCGACAAUUAUAUUAUCCACAUGGACUUAUCCUUCAUGCCCAAAGCCUUCUCCGACCACCAUAGCUGGUACUUGGCCACUGUUUCGUCACUAGUGCGAAGUCCUCCUAAUCCUAAAGUUAGAGACAGAGCUGGUGCCGUACCCGCGUCUUCUAAGCUCAUCUACAGCUACACUCAUGUCGUCCAGGGUUUCAGUGCUAGUCUCUCUCCUAGCGAGCUCCAGGCCCUUGAGAAGUACCCAGGCUACAUCUCUUCAAUGAAGGAUUUGCCUGUGAAAGCCGAUACGACUCACUCAACCCAAUUCCUUGGCCUGAAUUCUAAUUCUGGGGCAUGGCCUACUUCGGAUUAUGGCAAGGAUGUCAUAGUUGGGCUUGUGGAUACGGGUGUUUGGCCGGAAAUCCCGAGCUUCAAUGACGACGGAAUGACAGCGAUUCCAUCGAAAUGGAAAGGCGAAUGCGAGGUCGGGACCCAAUUCAACGCUUCGCUGUGCAACAAGAAACUCAUCGGAGCCCGGUCCUUCAACAAGGCCCUGGUAGCCAAAAAUCCCAACAUUACCUUCUCCAUGAACUCUACUCGUGACACUGACGGACACGGCACGCACACAUCCACCACGGCUGCUGGGAACUACGUCGAGGGAGCAUCUUUCUUUGGCUAUGCUCCAGGAACCGCCAAGGGAGUGGCUCCACGGUCCCGAGUGGCCAUGUACAAGGCCCUGUGGGACGAAGGCGCAUAUUCUGCAGACAUUAUUGCCGCAAUUGAUCAGGCGAUCGCUGAUGGUGUCGAUGUCCUGUCCUUGUCAUUCGGCCUUGAUGGCGUUCCAUUGUAUGCAGACCCAAUUGCUAUAGCCACAUAUGCAGCCAUGGAGAAAGGGGUCUUUGUAUCAACAUCGGCGGGAAAUGAGGGGCCUUUUCUCGAGACCCUGCACAAUGGGACUCCCUGGGUCAUAACUGUUGCUGCCGGUGACAUGGACCGUGAUUUUGGAGGAACUAUUACUCUUGGCAGCGGUGCUUCGAUUGUAGGCUCGACUCUCUUUCCAGGCGACCCAUCCUUGGGUGAGUCUCCAAUUGUGUUUCUGGACGCGUGCAACAAUACAGACGAGUUGAGCAAGAUCGGCCACACGAACAUUGUUGUGUGCGAGGACAAGGGUGACAGUACAAGCGAACAGAUCGACAAUGUCCGGGGAGCUAAAGUUGCUGGUGGAGUGUUCAUAACAAACAGCUCUGACCUCGAGUUCUUCAUCCAGAGCUCAUUCCCGGCAAUCUUUCUGAAUCCUACCGAUGGCGAAACUAUCAAAGCAUACAUCAAGAACUCGUCUGGGCCAACAGCAAGUAUUCAAUUUCGGAAAACAAUAAUCGGUACCAAGCCUGCUCCAAGCGUAACGAGCUACAGCUCCCGUGGCCCGUCCCUGAGUUGUCCAGUCGUCCUCAAGCCCGACAUUUUGGCCCCUGGCUCGAUGAUCCUGGCUGGGUGGCCUCUAAACCAGCCAGUGGGUGUGGUGAACUCGCAUCAGCUAUUUAACGACUUCAACCUUUUGUCAGGGACAUCCAUGUCGUGCCCGCACAUUGCCGGAGUGGCUGCUCUCCUAAGAGGAGCACACCCGGAGUGGAGCCCUGCAGCCAUCCGGUCGGCCAUAAUGACUACAUCAUACUCAACGGAUAGCACCAAUGCCCCUAUCAAAGACGUCGGCAAUAACUACGAACCAGCGAGCCCUCUAGCCAUGGGAGCUGGCCACGUCGAUCCGAACAAGGCAUUAGACCCCGGACUCAUAUACGAUGCGACCCCCCAAGACUACGUCAACCUCAUGUGCGCCAUGAAUUACACAUCCAAGCAAAUUCAAACGGUCACCGGGUCAUCUUCCUUCAAUUGUUCAGACUCAUCACUGGACCUUAACUACCCUUCCUUCAUUGCCUACUUUAGUCCAAACAGCUCGGGCUCUCCGACGGCUCAAGAAUUCUUCCGGACGGUGACAAAUGUGGGAGACGGGCCGUCAACCUACGUCGCGAAGGUGACUCCAAUAGAGGGAUUCAAGAUCAGUGCCGCCCCGGAUAAAUUGACAUUCAAAGAGAAGCAUGAGAAGUUGAUGUAUAAGCUGACAAUAGAAGGACCGAAACAGAUGAAAGGGACUGUGGUGUUUGGUUCGGUGAGUUGGAUGGACGACAGCGGCAAGUACGUGGUCCAUAGUCCCAUUGUGGCGACAAGCCUGACCUCGGAGGCAUUGACGUCCAGAACUUGAAUUAUUUUUUUUCUGGUUUAGCAUCAGCAGACGAAAAUGUAUUCGUCUUUUUCCUCUUUUUUCGAACUAAUUUAUGUAGAAUGUAAUAAACUAACGUCCUUUGGCUACGCGAAGCGUGUAAGUGGAUAGGAUGUCAAAAUCAUGCCGCACAUCUUACUUGCUAAACAACAAAAAGACAGCUUUUG